AAAAAUGAAAAGUUCUAAAUACAAAAACCCUCUUAAAUGCAAACAACAUUAACGAAAAAACAACACUCUUCUCUCAAACGCCGAACCCCAUUUGUUCAAUCCCUAAUAUUCAUUUUCCACAUAACCACACCCUCCUUUUGAAGAACCCUUUUCUCUCAAUCUCCAUACCAAGUUUCGUUUUUGAUCGGAACCCAACUUUCCUCGUCCUUUCUAUUGAAUGCCCAUAAUCUCUUUUACGCAUUUAUCUAUCUCCUCACUUCGUUUUUGAUUUUCCCCUUUCACUCUCCAACUGUGUUGGGAUUCAACCUUUUUCGUUAGGGUUUUAAGCAACUUUAUUUUUAUUUUCUUUUCUUGUUUUCAUUCAUUGGGAUUUUUGUUCCAAAGUCUGAUUUUUAUAUUUUGGGAUUCGUUUUUGGUAGUUGCUGGAGGUUCUGAAAUUGUUGUGUUCUAGGUUUUUAUUGUUGUUGUUGAUUUUAGUUUUAGAUAUAACCUAGAAUUGGUUAAGUUGAAUAAUAAUUUGUAUUCUGAUUUUUGUUGUUGUAUUGUAUGCGCUGUAAUUGUUUUCCCCUUCAAGAGUUUGAGGGGAAGUUCCACUGUUGCAAGCUUUUUGUGUGAUGUUUUAGUUGAUUUCAAUUUCAACAUUGGUUAUUGGGGUUUGUUAUAUCAAGAAGAAGUUGUGGUGGUUUAUUGGAUUGGGUAGGGUUGAAAGGUAAAGGCUUUUGCAUGGGAGAACAAGAAGAGUGGGCACAGCCACAAAGUGGGCUACUGCCAAAUGGUUUGCUACCAAAUGAAGCUGCUUCUGUGAUACAGGUGCUUGACUCGGAGCGGUGGUCGAAGGCUGAACAAAGAACUGCAGAGCUAAUUGCUUGCAUUCAGCCUAAUUCGCCCUCUGAGCAACGCAGAAAUGCGGUUGCUGAGUAUGUCCAAAAGCUGAUCACAAAGUGCUUUCCUUGCCAGUUACAGGUGUUCACCUUUGGGUCUGUUCCCCUAAAAACUUAUUUGCCUGAUGGAGAUAUUGACUUAACAGCAUUCUGUAAGAAUCAAACUUUGAAGGAUAGUUGGGCACAUCAGGUUCGUGACAUGCUGCAGAAUGAGGAGAAGAAUGAGAAUGCAGAUUUUCAUGUCAAGGAAGUUCAGUACAUCCAAGCGGAAGUGAAGAUUAUAAAAUGUCUUGUCGAGAAUAUCGUAGUAGACAUUUCAUUUAACCAGCUUGGAGGGUUGUGCACCCUUUGUUUUCUUGAGGAGGUUGAUAGUCUGAUUAAUCAAAAUCAUUUAUUCAAGCGUAGCAUUAUACUGAUAAAAGCUUGGUGUUACUAUGAGAGCCGAAUACUUGGUGCCCACCAUGGACUUAUCUCUACUUAUGCAUUAGAAACCUUGGUUCUUUACAUAUUUCAUGUUUUCAACAAUUCCUUUGCUGGACCACUUGAGGUUUUGUAUCGAUUCUUGGAAUUCUUUAGUAAGUUUGACUGGGAUAAUUUCUGCGUAAGUCUAUGGGGUCCGGUACCAAUUAUUUCACUACCAGAUGUGACAGCUGAGCCUCCUCGAAAAGAUGCUGGAGAGUUACUGCUCAGUAAAUCAUUUCUUGAUGCCUGUAGCUCAGUUUAUGCUGUUUUGCCGGGUGGUCCAGAAAAUCAGGGGCAACCCUUUGUUUCUAAGUAUUUCAAUGUCAUUGAUCCUUUGCGUGUGAACAAUAACCUUGGCCGCAGUGUCAGCAAAGGUAAUUUCUUCAGGAUACGCAGUGCCUUUGCAUUUGGGGCUAAAAAGUUGGCUAGAUUACUUGAUUGUCCAAAAGAUGAGUUGUUUCUUGAAGUCAAUCAGUUCUUCUUGAACACUUGGGACAGGCAUGGAAGUGGGCAAAGACCUGAUGUUCCAAGCAAUGACCUAUGGCGUUUGAGGUUAUCUAAUCAUGACCAAUCACUGGGUUCUGAGAAUAUCCGGAACAAUAGUCAUAAGAUUGAUAAUACCUCCAAUCGCGAGUUUCAUGUGGAAAGAGAACAAAUUUCACAUACUGGUGUAUCUCAGCAUAGUAAUUUAUCAUCUGAAAACUCGUCGAAAAAUAGUGAUGUAUCUACAUUUUCCCAUACUCAAAGUCAAAAGAGUCAUGUAAACCAAAAUAAUUCAAGGAACACGGGUCAAGCUCGAAGGGAAACUACUUCUACUCAAGGUGCUUAUGUUGAUAAAAUUCAGAGAAAUAUGAAAACUGAUAAUCCAGUUAGUGAUCUUCGUGGGAAGUUUCUAUUUGCCAGGACACGUUCUAGCCCUGAGCUGACUGACUCUUACGGCGAAGUUUCUUCCCAAGGAAGGCGUGCAAGAACAGAUAACAUUAAAGGCCAGAAUUCCGUUGUAAAAUUGGAGAAUGGUCGUAGGAAGAAUAUUGAGCCAGUUGUAGCUGCAAGAGUCGAUGACUCAUCCGGUAGACACUCAUCUCGUCAAGUUGUUGUCAGUGCUGCUGAAUCGAUCAGUAAUCAUGAUGAACCAAGCUCAGGUGUCCUGGGUGAAGAGUUUGCAUCUGUUACCGGAGCAGGUGGAAUGCAGAUGAUGAAUCAGGAGGAGCAAGACCUUUUGAAUAUGAUGGCAUCUCCCGCCGCUCAAGGUUUCAAUGGCCAGACUCAUGUUCCAAUGAGUUUACCUCCAGGUCACCUACCAUUCCCAUUUCCACCUUCCAUUCUUGCAUCAAUGGGAUAUGGUCAACGGAACAUGGCUAACAUUCCUUUUAUCGAGGCUCCUUGGGGUUCAAAUAUGCAGUUUCCUCAAGGUUUAGUCCCGUCGCCAUUGCAUUCAUAUUUCCCUGGAUUUGGGUUGACCUCAACUACUCAAGAUUUAGCUGAACCUGGCAACGAGAAUUUCAGUACCGUUGAAAUGAAUGUAGCAGAAGCUGAUAAUGAUUACUGGCAUGAGCAGGAGAGAAGUUCUGCCAGUGGAGUUGAAUCUGAUAAUGGAAAUUUCGAAAUGCUUCCAGAUGAUAAGCAACAAUCAACUUCAGGUAGUUAUAACUUUGCCACGUCUUCUCGAGCAGGCAGCUCUAGUAGUUCUGCCAGAAAUCACCAGAAGUUUACUAGAGAAAAUCGAGGGUCAACAAGAGAAGAGCAUAUUGAUAAUUUCCACUAUCAAGAUGGCCGUAGAAAUGAGGUUUAUUUUGACGAUAGAAUAGCAAAUUCUGAGUUACCAAGUGCACCACCUUCAAGCUCCUUCAGGAGUAAGAGCCCUUCCGAAAGCUCAUGGGAUGGAUCGUCAGCCAAAUCCUCAAAGUCGACUAGGGAAAAAAGGGGGAAGAAAAGUACUCCCUCAGUACCCACAACUAUUCACGGUAAGGGUAAAAAUGUCUCCGAAACUUCAUCUAAUCGAGCAGACGACGAAAACAGAGAGUGGACUCCUUUGUUAACUAUGACAUCUGAUAUGGCGGACAGAAGCACCGAACCCGCAACUGGUUUGUCUUUGCAAGUUCAGAGGCAUCAAAUAUCUGGUUUUGAAACUGCUCAAACAAGUGGAUCAGAUUCUCAAUUACCCAUGGCUCCUGUGAUUUUAGGUCCUGGUUCUCGCCAAAGAGCUAUUGAUAAUUCUGGAGUUGUUCCAUUUGCAUUCUACCCUACAGGUCCUCCUGUACCCUUUGUUACAAUGCUUCCCUUUUUUAAUUUUCCAACAGAGUCUUCUGAGACAUCAACAAGCAACUUCAGUGGGGAAGAAAGGACAGAGAACAAUGAUUCUGUUCUAAAUUUUGAUUCAUCUGAGGUAUAUGACCACUCUGAAGUGUCAAGCCCUUCAAACUCAAUAACAAGGGCGGGUGUAGAGUCAUCUGACCACAGGCCUGACAUUCUCAAUAGUGACUUUGCUAGCCAUUGGCAAAAUUUGCAAUUCGGGCGAUUUUGCCAAAGCCCGUUUCAACCUCCUUCAAUGAUGCAUCCUUCGCCUAUUAUGGUGCCUCCUGUUUAUUUGCAGGGUCGAUAUCCUUGGGAUGGUCCUGGGAGACCUCCUUCAGCUAACAUGAAUCUUGUCUCUCAGGUCGUUAACUAUGGGCCACGUCUUGUUCCCGUUCCUCCUCUCCAAUCGGUUUCUAGUAGACCUGCAAAUGUUUACCAACGUUUUGUAGAAGAUAUGCCUCGGUACCGAAGUGGUACUGGAACCUACCUACCUAAUCCGAAGGUUUCUGUUCGAGAUCGCCAUUCAACAAAUUCCAGAAGGGGGAACUACAACUAUGAAAGAAGUGACCAUCACGGUGAUAGAGAAGGGAACUGGAAUACGAAUUCAAAGUUGCGAUCAACCGGACGUGGCCAUAAUCGCAACCAAGGAGAGAAGCCAAUCUCAAAAUCGGAGCGGUUGGCGACUAGUGAGAGUCGCACUGAGAGGCCAUGGAGUGCACACAGACACGACUCAUUUAUUCCUCACCAGAAUGGUCCAGUCCGUGGAAAUUCCUCGCAGAACAGUCACACGAAUGUAGCGUACGGAAUGUACUCUAUACCUGGCAUGAAUCCUAGUGGUGUAUCAUCCAAUGGACCAACAAUGCCAUCUGUUGUUAUGUUGUAUCCUUAUGAUCAUAAUGCUGGCUACAGUUCGCCGGCCGAGCAGCUAGAGUUUGGGUCAUUGGGACCAAUGGGUUUCUCGGGCACCAAUGAACUGUCGCAGCCGAACGAGGGAAGUCGCUCUGGUGGUGGAAUACUUGAAGAGCAAAGGUUUCAUGGUGGCCCUGCUCAACGUUCUUCACCAGAUCAACCCUCUUCACCCCAUGUCUCAAGGGGUCCUGAUUCUAAUGUGAGAUAAGUGGCAAGGAGGAUUAACUGUUGAAAGAGAUGAUGAUGAGGAUGUGUACCUCCUCCCUUUAUCAUAUAAUUGAAAGUAGACACUCACUGGCUUAGUAGGUUCAGAAUUUAGAGAUUUUACCAUGUUACAGAUUUGUGAGGUUAAGUUUUACAGUACUAGGUACUUGAAUAUUUUUGUUGAUCAACUUUUUAACAUUGUUACACAGCUUAUCAAUGAAAUUGUCAUAAAAUAACGUUAGAUGUAA